AUGAUUUUCUACAGUCGAUUCCAUCUGGUCUCAAAAUUAAGACUUGUCGUCGGCCUAUUUCUAUGCAGUAUUCUUAUAAAUUUCUAUCAGUUUAUAUAUCAUUCACCUAGCUGUUCUAAUUUAUGCCCAUAUAAAUCAAUUCUCAGCCAGAAUCAGCUAGCAUUUGACAAGUUCCAUAUUGUACCGCACUAUGCUGAUUUUAUCUGUCCGCAAAACUUUCGAAAUCUGGCUGAUUGGGUUUAUGGUUGGCCUGAAGGGGUAUUCGAGGAAGAGCUAGACAUUACUACUGACAAAGGGUAUCGUAUUGGUUCGUGUUUGGUAUCAGGUAGUAUAAUUUAUGUCAAAUCUGAUUAUUUGGAGAAAUUCUUCAGCAAAGUCUACCCGUAUUUGAACAGUCGAUUUGUACUUAUCACAGGACAAAGUGAUGUAUCUCCGCCUGAUCGAUAUCUAGCCUACCUAGACAUGCAUGAUUCAAAAAUUAUUCAUUGGUUUGGUCAGAACGUCGAAACAUAUGCGUCAGAAAAUGGCAAAUUUACACCAAUUCCUAUCGGGAUCAACUGUUAUGAGAUGGGCAGAGCUCUUCAACGUGUUCGUCGGCAGAAGUCCACUUCUGCCUUGUUAUUCUUGUCGAAUAGCACAGAUCCGAACGAAUACUACUCGUCUUCUCUUUUUUUCUCACAACAAAGUGCAACUCAACAUAUCACAACUCAACUGUUGCUAGUAAAUUUUCAACGGCAGACCGAUCCAACUGGAACUCGUACACAUGUUUGGAAAACUUUUUGCGACCGCAAUACUACAUCUAAUUUUGUUAAAUGUAUCGAUAAACCACAAGGAGUUGAUAGUUCUGCAUUACCGACUAUAUACGCUCGGAAUCGACAAUAUCCAUUCUGGCUUUCUCCUCGUGGUAACGGAAUAGACUGUCAUCGCACCUGGGAAGCACUUUAUUUAGAUGUUAUUCCAAUCGUAUGGAAUUCCACAUUGAAUUCUCUGUAUACUGAUUUACCUAUCAUAGUUGUCAACGACCAUAGUGAGAUUACCGAACAUUUCCUCCUUACCAAGUUAACAGAAAUACUUGUUAAAAAAAGAAGCAAGCGACCUGUUUAUCGAUACGAAAAGCUGGCAUUUGGCUAUUGGCGACGUCUCAUCUUAAGUAAAUCUAGAUAUUCAAUAACAACAAUAAAACGAGAAAAUCAAUGUUGGCGUGCUAAAAGUACUAGCAAAAGACACGACUAA